AUGUGCGGCAUUUUCUUCUCGGUUGCAAAACACCAUGCAACCCUGCCCGAUUCUGCUACCGCAAAGGAGCUCAACGCACGUGGCCCCGACAGCUACAAAGAAUUGAACGUCAAACUCGCCUUCCCGCAAUCAGACGAUCUACACCUGACAUUCGUCUCAUCCGUCCUAGCACUACGUGGAGAUUCAGUUCAGGCCCAACCAUUAGAGGAUCGCAAUUCGGGUUCCAUCCUCUGCUGGAAUGGCGAGGCAUGGAAAGUAGACGGAGUCAGAGUCCAAGGAAACGACUCUGUCCAGAUCUUUCGUCUUCUCUUGCAUGCUUCGCAGUCGACUCAAAACGAUGAAUACCGUCAGCGAACUGCUCAAGUGCUGACAAACGUAGCCGGACCCUUUGCAUUUGUCUUUUAUGAUGCUAUUCAUUCAACCAUCUUCUACGGCAGGGACCGGCUAGGGCGCCGCUCUCUGCUCACUAGUCGUGGCGAUGAGAAUUCACUGACGCUGUGUAGUAUCGGCAUUGCACUUGGUGAUGUGGUGCUGAACGAAGAGGUGUCCACCAACACCAUCCAUUUUAUCUCUUUGGAGCACGGUCAAAUCACCCAUGGCGAACUUCCAUGGCAAACCAUACCUCCCGUGAUCAACAAGACUCGUCAGCCGGAGGUGCUUGAACUGAUGCCAACCUCGAAAAGUGUCGACUGCUUCCUAGAGCGGUUGACUGCUGCCCUCGAACUAAGACUCUUGGAUAUUCCAAACUAUCACCAUUGCCAGGGUAUCCCACAGUCCACGAAAGUCGCCAUACUUUUCUCCGGAGGAUUGGACUGUACACUGCUCGCCCGACUGGCGCAUGAUCUUCUACCCAAAUCAGAAGCUAUAGAUCUGCUAAAUGUGGCGUUUGAAAACCCGCGGUCCAUUGUUGCGAAACACAAUAUCGCAGACUCACCUUAUGAGCUCUGCCCUGACAGGAUCACCGGCCGCUCUAGUUUCUCAGAACUUUGCGAAGUAUGCCCGGACCGAAACUGGAAAUUUGUGGCAGUUGAUGUGCCUUACGAGCAGUCACAAGCUUGUAAAGCCAGCAUUCAACAAUUGAUGCAGCCUCACAAGACGGAGAUGGAUUUGUCUAUCACCAUGGCACUCUUCUUUGCCGCCAAGGGGACGGGGAGUCUAUCCCAAAAUGCAGAAAUACAGCAGACAACCAAAGAACUUUACACCUCCCAUGCUCGAGUCCUUCUUUCCGGCUUGGGAGCAGAUGAGCUGUACGCAGGGUAUUCGCGCCAUGCUGCAGCCUUUGCUCGAGGCGGACUUGUCGACUUAACGGACGAACUCGAGCUAGACUUCAAUCGCAUCGGGUCUCGCAACUUAGGUCGAGACGACCGUGUCCUGAGUCAUUGGGGUAAAGAGGUGCGUUACCCGUAUCUAGAUGAAGAUUUCGUGAGGUUCUCUCUAGAUCUCCCAGUGUGGGAAAAAUGCGGAUUCAGAUCAUCCAAAAGAAUUCCCAAGCACUAUGAGGGAGCCCAUCGCGCGGGCAAACCUGAAGAUCUUGAACCGUCAAAGAUGUUGUUGAGAUUAGCCAUGUGGAAGCUAGGCAUGCGUAGAGCUGCCUCAGAAAGGAAGAGGGCCAUCCAAUUCGGUGCCAGGACUGCAAAGAUGGAUGUUGGCAGUGGAAAGACAAAGGGAACAGACAUAUUAGCCAACGAAAGCUGA